UUGUUUUCUCUAAGCUCCCCUCAGCUGAAUAGCAGCGUUCUACAGGUGAAGCUCUCAGUUUCCCUCCUGCCGUGUUCAUGAAUCAGGUGUUUUCUAUCUUUAGAUGCCAAUGGCCCGUGUUGUGUUGCUCCUGGUGUGUGUUGCUCCUGUGGUUCGGUGUUACAGCUCGGGUCUGGUCGUGGACAGCUGUGAGGACAUGCGUCCUCACCACUCAGGACAGAGUCCACAGACAGGAGCAGCACCUUUCAGCGUCACCGUGGACCACAGCAGCUACCGGCCGGGAGACCAGGUGAAAGUCCGGCUCCAGGCUCCAGGCUCCGCUCCAUUCAUGGGUUUCCUAUUACAGGCCAGAGAGGAGGGGGGGGGCUCCACGGUGGGCUCCUUCACUGUGGCAGCAGGGAGCGCUCAGCUCCUCACCUGCAGCCGCACACCUAACUCAGCUGUAUCCCACAGAUCAGAGUCUUUAAAGACCUCCAUUCAGGUGAUAUGGAGAUCAGGAACAUCAGGAGACAUGAAAACCAUUCAGUUCCAGGCGUCCUUCGUUCAGAAUUACAGGACCUUCUGGUUGGAUGUUAGAAGUCCUUCCGUGACAUUUGCUAAUGACAGUACUGAUGCAUCUACAAGUCUCUCCACUGCAAAAACACCAACCACAGAACAUCAACCUGCACCGCCUCUCAGCAUAACCAGUGCAGGUUGCGGUGUCACCAAGGUGUGUUUCAGUCAGCCUCCCCACUGUGACCCUUCCACCAGCGCUGGCUGUUACUUCAUGUCAGCCAUGCUGCCGUCUCCCUCUGCUGCAGCAGUCCACUAUGAAAUGACAGGUCCUUCUGAUGGAUACAUCUCUUUUGGAUUCUCAGACGAUCAGAUGAUGGGAAAUGACGACAUUUAUAUCUGUGGCAUGGGCAGCAACCACGUGGUGCAGCUGCAGCAUGCUUUCUCAACAGGACGAGCCUCCACAGCUUCUUCCUCUGGUACUGUUGGGAAUAUUUCUGAUGUAAGAGCGUCAGUGGAGGAAGGGGUGAUCAGCUGUUCCUUCACUUCUAUGAACAGUAUUAGUCUUCAGAAGACCACUGGCUUCAACAAAACCUACUAUCUCAUGUUUGCCCAUGGACCCAGCAGCUAUGGUAAUGGAAGAAAUUGUGCAAUGAUGCCAAUGGCCCGUGUUGUGUUGCUCCUGGUGUGUGUUGCUCCUGUGGUUCGGUGUUACAGCUCGGGUCUGGUCGUGGACAGUUGUGAGGACAUGCGUCCUCACCACUCAGGACAGAGUCCACAGACAGGAGCAGCACCUUUCAGCGUCACCGUGGACCACAGCAGCUACCGGCCGGGAGACCAGGUGAAAGUCCGGCUCCAGGCUCCAGGCUCCGCUCCAUUCAUGGGUUUCCUAUUACAGGCCAGAGAGGAGGGGGGGGGCUCCCCGGUGGGCUCCUUCACUGUGGCAGCAGGGAGCGCUCAGCUCCUCACCUGCAGCCGCACACCUAACUCAGCUGUAUCCCACAGAUCAGAGUCUUUAAAGACCUCCAUUCAGGUAAUAUGGAGAUCAGAAACAUCAGGAGACAUGAAAACCAUUCAGUUCCAGGCGUCCUUCGUUCAGAAUUACAGGACCUUCUGGUUGGAUGUUAGAAGUCCUUCAGUGACAUUUGCUAAUGACAGUACUGAUGCAUCUACAAGUCUCUCCACUGCAAAAACACCAACCACAGAACAUCAACCUGCACCGCCUCUCAGCAUCUCCAGUGCAGGUUGCGGUGUCACCAAGGUGUGUUUCAGUCAGCCUGCCCACUGUGACCCUUCCACCAGCGCUGGCUGUUACUUCAUGUCAGCCAUGCUGCCGUCUCCCUCUGCUGCAGCAGUCCACUAUGAAAUGACAGGUCCUUCUGAUGGAUACAUCUCUUUUGGAUUCUCAGACGAUCAGAUGAUGGGAAAUGACGACAUUUAUAUCUGCUGCAUGGGCAGCAACCACGUGGUGCAGCUGCAGCAUGCUUUCUCAACAGGACGAGCAGCUCCACAGCUUCUUCCUCUGGGGAAUAUUUCUGAUGUAAGAGCGUCAGUGGAGGAAGGGGUGAUCAGCUGUUCCUUCACUUCUAUGAACAGUAUUAGUCUUCAGAAGACCACUGGCUUCAACAAAACCUACUAUCUCAUGUUUGCCCAUGGACCCAGCAGCUAUGGACAAAUACGCUUACAUACAGGCACCUUCAUCAGCACUGACAGGAUAGACAUGUCCAGACCUCAGCUUGUCAGAAAAGCUGGUUGGCCACAAAUCAUCAAAGCACAUGGAGCCCUGAUGCUGAUCGCCUGGAUGACUAUGGGACCACUAGGAAUGAUGGCAGCUCGGUAUCUGAAAGGAGUGACCGAGAGGAAGUACCUGGGCGGAAGAGAUGUCUGGUUUCUGGUCCAUGUUGCAUUGAUGAGUGUGACAGUAGCAACCACAAUCACCGCAUUCAUCCUCUCCUUCUCAUUCGCCAAAGCCUGGUCUGGGGGAGCGCAUCCUGUGUUAGGCUGCCUGGUUAUGAUUCUUUCAUUCCUGCAGCCAAUACUAGCUCUGCUGCGCUGUGGACCAAAGCAUCCACGGAGGUUUCUGUUCAACUGGUCACAUGCUUUAAAUGGAGUGGCUAUAAAAGCUUUAGCUGUUGCAGCCAUAUUUACAGGCCUGAAGUUGAUUGACAGCAAUCUGAACCAAUGGCUGAUGAAAGUGAUGGGUGGUUUGGUUGGCUGGGAAGCUUUAUUCUACAUUCUGUUGGAUGUCCUUUUAAAAUGGAAGUUUAACAACACAGAUACUAUGGAAUCACAAAUGAUGACAGUGGCCGGCCUGCUGAUGGCUCUGUUCUUCCUGGGAAACUUGACCUUUUUGACGGCACUGUUGGUUGGAAUCGGGAUGUCAUAAGAUGAGCAACAACAGAGCAACGUGCUCAAGCAUUAGCUUUUCUACUGUACACAAUUUUCAAAAUUUGUAGAUAAUGUUUUCUUCUUUUUAUACAGAAUUUUUAAGUGAAAUGCUUGAACAUUAUGUUUUAAUGUCUGAUUUGUAGGGGGUGACCCCGACUAGUCACAUAUUUGAUGAGGUGCUGAAUGUCGGAUUUUAAGAAAUCGAAGAAUACAUUUAUUGAUCAGAGCACCAACAAGAAUGUAGUUAGCAGUGGCAGAGUGCUUUUCAUUUAUUAAUGAUUCUCUGUUAAAAUCAGUAAUGAGAAGCAAAAACGAAAGAACUUUUGACAUGAUUUUAUACGGUCAGACAGAUCGCAGAACCACGUAUGGUGGAGAUAGAAAACAUUCAGACUGUUUACAUUAAAGUCAGUGGUAGAAGCCUUCUCUUCUGGUGUUCAUUCUUAAACCCUUAUC